ACUUGGCCAGUGUCGUUCCUACUUGCUGCGAGCUUGUUCGCGUGCAGUCUUGAAACUCAUACAUAUAUCUGAAGAACAUUCUAAGAAUAUCGUGAAAAAACAAAAAAAGAUGCCAGGACAAAGACUAUCAAUCCGAGAUAACGCCGCUCUUGGACGUUUUCAUGGUGUUUCUGCCAGCAAUGGCCAGGCCAUCUCAGAGAAACACAGCGGGUCCAUCGCGAGGAAAGAGAGCGGAUGCUGGCACUGGUUUCAGAGAGCUUGUCCAUGUUGUGUCCGGAGACAGAGCAGCUCGAAUGAUGUGAGCGGUGACGUGGAUGGUGUGGCUCCCGGGGACGUAGAGAAAGAAAGACCGACUCCACCGACUCUCAACGGAGAUACAGAGCUGGACGAGUUGACUCUAGCAGUGCGCUCUGUCGAUCUGCUGAGUGAGAAAUCAGAUCAGAACAAGACGGAGCAUCACACGGAUCAAUACAACAGUGACCAGCUCAUCAUCCGCAGAGGACAGACCUUUCAAAUAGAGCUCGACCUCUCACGACCUUUCAACCCAAACACAGAUAAACUUCACCUGGAAAUGAAGACGGGGUCUCUCCCGCAGGUGUCGAAGAAGACACACAUCAUCAUACCGCUGGUGGACGAGCUCCAGGAUGAACGCUGGGAGGCAAAGAUGGUGGAGCAGAAGGACAACAGGGUGAGGCUUUCUGUCAACUCCCCCGUCACUGCUGUUAUCGGGAAGUACAAGCUGACCAUCACAACACAAAACCUGAAGACGGGCGAAACUACCACGCAUGACCACGACAAAGACAUCUACAUGCUCUUCAAUCCCUGGUGUGAAGAUGACACGGUGUACAUGGAGGGGGAGAAAGAGCUGAAGGAGUACGUCUUAAAUGACACUGGAAGAAUCUACUAUGGCACUGAGAAGCAGAUUGGAGCUCGUACGUGGAACUUCGGCCAGUUUGAUGAAGGGAUUCUGGAGGCCUGUCUGUUUGUGCUGGAUAACAGCGAGGUUCCUCCCUCAGGAAGAGGAGACCCUGUCAGUGUGGUCCGAGUCAUUUCUGCCAUGAUCAAUUCUCCGGAUGACCUUGGUGUUCUGGAGGGAAACUGGUCGGGGGUUUAUGCUGGCGGGACGUCUCCCACGGCCUGGAGUGGAAGUGUUGAAAUCCUCCGGCAGUACCACAGAGAAAGAGGAACGCCCGUCAAAUACGGCCAGUGCUGGGUGUUUUCUGGGGUCACCACCACAGUAUUGAGAUGUUUAGGUAUUCCUACCCGUUCUGUAACUAAUUUCCAGUCUGCACAUGACACGGAUGUGUCCUUGACAACAGAUGUGUAUUUAGAUGAGAAUAUGGAACCAAUCAAUCAUCUCAACUCGGACUCUGUGUGGAACUUCCAUGUGUGGAACGACUGCUGGAUGGCCCGUCCGGAUCUGCCUCCUGGUUUGGGCGGCUGGCAGGCCGUGGACUCCACACCUCAGGAGACCAGUUAUGGGACGUUCCGCUGUGGCCCAGCGUCACUGGCCGCUAUUCGCUCCGGACAGGUCUACCUUAAAUUUGACACCCCUUUCGUCUUUGCUGAGGUGAACAGUGAUAAGAUCUACUGGCAGAGGAACCUGGAUGGCACCUUCAAGCAGAUCCACAGUGAGAAGAAAGCAGUCGGCCACUGCAUCAGCACUAAAGCUGUGGGCUCGGACGAACGUGUCGACAUCACACACCUUUACAAAUAUCCUGAAGGUUCAGAAGAGGAGCGUAUCGCAGUGGAAACCGCCUGUCGCUACGGCUCUAAACCCAACGUCUACUCCAGUCCCAUUGCUGAGGAUGUGCAGGUGGAGGUGAAGAUGGAGGGAGAAGGUCCACGCAUGGGAGGAGACGCUCAGCUGAAGAUCGUGGUGAAGAACAGCAGCUCUCAGCCGCGCAGAACCACCCUCCACAGCCAGGUGGCAGUCAUGUACUACACCGGCGUGCUGAAGGACACCGUGAGGAAGGACACGCUUAAUGUGGAGCUGAACCCACAGGAAGAGAAGACUCUUGACUGGGUGCUGCCAUACACACAGUAUCAGGAUCAGCUGGUGGACCAGGCCGCGCUCAUGCUGACUCUGUCAGGACGGGUCACUGAGACCCAGCAGGUUUUGGCCAAUCAGACCAGCUUUAGACUCCGAACACCUGAUCUCCACAUCGAGCCUAUCGGAGAGGCAUAUGUGGGCAAGGAGAUGUCCGUGAAGAUCACAUUCACAAAUCCUCUUCCUUGUACUCUGCGUGAUGUGGUCAUCCGAGUGGAAGGACUCGGGCUGAGAGACCUCCAUCCCAUCAAAGUCGGGGAUGUGGGCAAACAUGCCAAUGUGACGGUGACGGAGCACUUCGUCCCCUUGAUAGCAGGCAAGAGGAAGCUGGUGGCGUCUCUGGACUGCAGACAGCUGUCGCAGGUGCACGGUGUGACCGACAUCGACGUUCACGAGAGCCAGUGAACUCACUCACACUAUUAGCAUCAUCUAACUGCACAUAUAAAGUGUUUACAUUGAGCCAUGUGGUUAUUUCUUCAAGAAAUAACCCUUCUUUUUCACAUACAAUAGUUCCAACUGUAUGUCCCUGAUCUGAAAUUUGUUUUGAAUUCAUUUUAGACAUAAUUUAUUUAAAAAACUGUAUUGCUUUGAUUUAUUGUGUCUAUUAAAUGUUACUUUAGUUUAGUUGAUCAAAUGGAUCUUUUCAAUGCUGAAAAAGUAAGCUGAUAUAUAAACCUGUAUUAAAAUUUUAUGUGAUGACUGAUAACCUAAAAAUAUAUAUAUUUUAUUGUGGAUAAACAUAUGUAGCUCAUGCAUUUAGUUUCUGUGCAGCUGUAGUGCCUUAUAUUGCAUACUGUUCACAAUGAUGACUAUUAUUGACUCAUUUAAUGUUCCUUUGAGUAAAUGAUUAAUAUUAAUAAUGAUUUCAUAUCGAGCUGCAUUGGUCUGAUGCAUAAUGCUGUUGUAUCCUCACAUCAUUUUGCUAUUACAAAAACUGGGAACCUUCAACUAUGAAAAUAUAUGAAGACCGUAACACUUUAUUGCUUAUUAGGUGUUUAUGGAGAUAAAGGUAGUUUGUUUGUAUUGUUUAUAUAAUGUAUUUAUGGUUUGGAACAAAUGUCAUCUGUGAUUGGAUUAAUUUGUUGAAGAGGUUUACUGAACAAUCUGCUCACACCAAUCAGCUCUGCCUCAAUUAAGAGUGUUGCUGCAUUUCAGAUUGUUUUCCACUAAUUCAUUCACUCAUGGAUAACACAGUGAGGAGUAUAUAUAAAUAAUAUGUUCAUAAAUUCUUUCCCUUUUCUGCAUUGCACACCUGCUCUAACUUGUUUCUUGAUGUGGUUUAAAUAAAUAAAUAAUAAUGUUAAAGUCAAUGGUAAUGCAUAGCAGCAUACUAUUUAUACUAUUUUAUCAUUAUGGAAUCUAUGGGCUGUGUAUUUUCGGUAUUUACCUGUCCUGAAUCUCCUAAUAUAUUAUAUCAAGAUGUGCAGUGUACAAAAAAUAAAAUAAAACACACACACACACACACAUAAUGCAGAUUAUAUGUGGUGUCUCACUCUGAAAUGCAUUUGAUACUUUCCAUUUCUAGUAUGAACAAGUCAGAAACAUGGUCAGGUAUUUAUAUUUAUAUAUAUAAAAUAUCUCAAAAGAGAGGAAUGCGAACAUCUCUCAAAAACAAAGUCGAGUUCUGCAUGGAUUACUAUUUUAUUGGUCCCAAACAGAAAUGAUUUAGCAUUUCAACACUAGGGUCUGAUAAGACAAGGUCACGAUCACGUUUAUUCUAAUCAACAUUAUACAGUAAUGCACCAUUCUUGAUUUAUUUUUAAUUUAAGCUUUUAUUCUAACAAGUGACUUAAUGAGCAAUAGUACGGCUUCAGAGGUUGACUCUUUUACUCACAAGUCCGUUUUUACUUGCUCAUUUGUGUUUAUGAUCACGCUCUUGCAAACGCGUUUAUUUCUAACUCAAACUUUCAUGGAAAAAGUUAAAGUCACGUGACCGUGGUGCAUAAGCUUCGGGAUUCACAAAAGUUGUGUUCAUUUUUAAAGAUUGUCAUGAUAAGCAACAUUAAAAGGGAUAGUUAAAAUACUAUAUCAUAAUAAUAUAUAAUGAAAUAAAACUAUGUUUAUGCGUUUAUAAAUAUA